GGCCGGAAGUGGAGGUGGCGUUGCCAUGGCCCCGCUAGGGGACGUGCCCGUGCUCGUCCUCGUGGCUGUUCUGUGGGGAGGGACCAACCCCUUCCUGAGGACGGGCACGGAGGGGCUGGAGAAGGUGAAGCGGGAGACCCGGCUGCUGCAGCUGCUUGCAGAAAUGAGAUUCCUGCUCCUCAACUACAAGUAUAUGGUGCCACUUGCAUUUAACCAGUGUGGAUCUGUACUCUACUAUGUCACAUUGGCAUCGGCAGACCUCUCUCUGGCAGUUCCUCUCUGUAACUCUCUGGCUCUGAUCGUCACCCUAAUAACCGGAAAGGUCCUUGGGGAAGACGUCGGUGGUAAAAGGGCCAUGGUAGGAAUGCUGCUCACUGUCUUAGGGGUCGCCCUCUGUAUAGCUGGUUCUGUGAAUGAGAAGCAGUGAGAUAUUGGGAGAAGAAAAGAAUAUGCAGAAGAUGAUGCUUGUAUUUGGGAACUGGUACCCUACCCUCCCUGAACCAGCACUGAGCGGCACAGUCCAGGUUUGGGCCCUUUUGGAGGCUGACUGUUGAGAAGUGAGCUUUUCUAGCUGGAUUAUCUUUGUCUUCAUUGUUCCGUGACACCAAGCCUAGAAUACUUGGUUUUUGAGACCUCUGUAAACAGCCGUGCCUUGGUUUUCUUCAGCCCUCCAUCCUGGUGUCCAGAACUCUGGCAUUGUGGGAAGCUUGUGAAAUAAUCUGCAUUUACUCCGUUGCACUAAUUGAGGCACUGGCAUUUCAAAACCCAGGCAAAGCGGGUGGCAAUCACAAAGAGGUUAUUGUGUAGAGUCAACACCUGGGUUUCACUGUUAACAAGUUGUCUCCUUACAAGAUAGUGUGUUUUUAAAAAAAAAAAAAAAAA